CAUAUACGGAUGCAACGGCCCUGUUUCCACGAACAACGCGUUCAUUCGAUGCGUGCCUGAUACUACGCGAAGAGCUAAUACCGUUGCCGUGUAAUUAAUAAAUGAUAUCAAGUGGCAGAAGCCGAUCGCAAUUGUAGGUGUAUAACGCGAGCAUGCUCGACGCGUGGCGAGGUUCGACGCGGACCUAGAACUGCGGUGACGAUAGGAAGAGGCAGAGCAACGGCAGUAACGACAACCAUCAGAAGGUUGGCGGGUCGUGUAUACGUGAAAAGUGGGAAGGUAACGAUUGGUUAUGACGGCAAAGUCGGGCGGCAUCUAUCCGGGUGCAUCGUUGUGACGAUUAGACAAACUCGCGCGACUCGACCGGUUUCUCGACACGAUGAUCAGAAUCAGUGUAACAGUUCGCGACGAAGAGUUCCCGGGCGACGUUCGAGACGGUGAUCGCAGCUCGUAGAGAAGUGACACGCGAGAUAUAUAUAUAUAUAGAUAUAUAUAGAUAUAGAUAUAUAUAUGUAUAUGUAUAUAUUAUAUAGUGUGUAGUGCGCGCACGAGUGGAGAAGGGACGUACAAGGGGGUGGUGGAACACGAAAGGAGUGGAGCAUUCGGUGAAUUCCGGGUGGCCGACCCUUGCGAAUAGAGGAGAGAUGUCGAGCUGGCCGAGUCUGCAAAAUUCAUUCGCCAUGGCGAACCAGACGAGAGGUCUGCCACAGAUGCGAAUAAAGCUUUGUAUGGUCAGCGCCGGUCUUCAAAUAGUCCUUUUGCUCACCGUCCUACCUCAAGAAAGCCUGUGCGGACGUCACGAGAAACGUUUGUUGAACGAGCUGUUGUCGUCAUACAACACUCUGGAGCGGCCCGUCGCCAAUGAGAGCGAGCCUCUCGAAGUGAAAUUUGGCAUCACGCUACAGCAGAUCAUAGAUGUGGAUGAGAAGAAUCAAAUAUUAACUACGAACGCGUGGCUCAAGUUGGAAUGGGUGGACUACAACCUCCAAUGGAACGAGUCCGAGUACGGAGGUGUAAAGGACCUUCGAAUUACACCAAACAAGCUCUGGAAGCCAGACAUUCUCAUGUACAACAGUGCGGAUGAGGGUUUCGACGGGACAUACCAAACAAACGUGGUAGUCACGCAUAACGGCAGUUGCCUGUACGUUCCUCCGGGCAUCUUCAAGAGCACUUGCAAGAUAGACAUCACUUGGUUCCCCUUUGACGACCAACACUGUGACAUGAAGUUCGGAUCCUGGACCUACGACGGCAACCAGGUCGACCUCGUGCUCAGCUCGGAGACGGGCGGUGACCUGUCCGACUUUAUCACGAAUGGAGAAUGGUACCUGAUCGGAAUGCCGGGCAAGAAGAACACGAUAACGUACCAAUGCUGUCCGGAGCCUUACGUCGACGUCACAUUCACCAUACAGAUCCGUAGAAGGACCCUCUACUAUUUUUUCAACCUGAUCGUGCCGUGCGUGCUGAUAUCGAGCAUGGCCCUCCUGGGGUUCACCCUUCCGCCAGAUUCCGGGGAGAAGCUCACCUUAGGAGUGACCAUUCUACUGUCGCUGACAGUAUUCCUGAACCUCGUUGCAGAAAGUAUGCCGACCACCUCGGACGCUGUCCCUCUAAUAGGAGUGACCAUCUUGUUAUCGCUGACGGUGUUCCUGAAUCUCGUCGCCGAGACCCUGCCCCAGGUCUCCGACGCUAUACCACUGUUAGGGUCGUACUUCAAUUGCAUCAUGUUCAUGGUGGCGAGCAGCGUCGUUCUGACAGUGUUGGUGCUGAAUUUUCAUCACAGAACGCCCGACAGAUACGUGAUGCCAUCGUGGAUUAAAAUGCUGUUUUUACAAUGGUUGCCGUGCUUGCUGCGCAUGAGUCGUCCAGGAAAGAAGAUCACGAAGAAAACCAUUCUCGGAGGCAAUAGAAGGGCAAAGGGCAUGGAAUUGCAGGAGAAGAGUAGCAAGAGUUUGCUAGCAAAUGUAUUAGAUAUCGACGACGACAUUCGUCACAAGAAUAGUGCCGCAAAUCCUCCUUCCGGUUACAUAAGGUCGGCGUUUGGUACACCGAUAUCUACCGGGAGACCAGCAACAGUCGAAGAUACGUCCGCAUCGUUACCUCUUAGCGGGAUGCAGGAGGAAUUGCACACGAUUCUUAAGGAAUUACGAUUCAUUACGGAUCGUAUGAAAAAGGCGGAUGAAAGCGACGAGAUCAUUAGCGACUGGAAAUUCGCCGCUAUGGUGGUGGACAGGCUUUGCUUGAUCGUUUUCACGUUGUUCACGGUUUUGGCCACGAUAGUGAUAUUGUGUCGUGCGCCACACAUAAUCGUCCAAUAAAUAGACUGCCCCGGUCAAGUCACCGAAAAAAUGCACAAAAAUUGCCAAAGAAACGACGAUACGUGGGUUUCGAGGAGGCUGCCACGGAAGAGCGAUCAAGUAACGAGAGAGCACGAAAAAAGCUGCUCGUUGCUUCGUGCUUCCUUUCUUCUCGCUCUCUCCCUCUCUCUCUCUCUCUUUCUUUCUCUCUAUCUCUCUCUUUCUUUCUCUCUCUUUCUCCCUUUCUCUCUCUCUCUGUCUCUCUCUGUUUCUCCCGUUUUCUCCCCCCCCAAUGAGAAAAAGAAGAAAACUCUGGAACGGAGUGAUUGCACGCGAAGAAAUACCACGUGUGCGAGACGUGGUGCUUCCAGUUUCGUCGAAAGGAAGGAGGAAGAGGCGAAGGAAGAAAGGGGAGGAACAAGCAAGAGUGAAGAGGCCGGAAGAGGAGGCGGAAGAGGUCGAAGAGGUCGUCGUUCGUUCGGUUCUUGCUGACCGACCAAAAUUUUUCAAACGCUUCGAACACACACACAUACACACACACAUACACGUUUAAAAACGAGAGAAAGCGUCCCCAUCACGGAGGACUUGGAUUAGGAAGCGAUUAGAAAAGGGACUUGGAGGAGGAAAGCAAAGAAAGCGCCUCGACACGUUAUACAUUAUUGACAAUACACGGCCACGUUGUGCGUUCAUUUUCCUCGGCUAAAAAGUCCUUUCUCUCCUCGUUUAAACCUAAUUCGAGCGCAGUCGCUAUCUUUCUCUCUCUCUCUCUCUCUUUUUCUAUCCAUCUAUUUAUCCAUCUAUCUGGGAUAGAGGUGAUCGACGCUCGUACGACGAUCAUAUAUAUAUAAUUUUAAAUUAUGCAAGAAGAGCGCGUCCUCGUCUCUCGAGCGAGGAGGAGCAUCGAUUCGUUCGAGGCUAUUUAGGGGGGAAUUCGAGAAAGCUGUGUGCUUGUGUGCGCAUUCCUCGAGAGAGUGUUGUCGCGGCCUUUCAGUAACAAUAGUUAACAGACACGAACGAUAGAAGGGAGAAGAAGGACAACAAUAAUAGUAAUAAUGAUAAUAACAAUAAUAAUAAUGAUAAUGGUAACGAUAAUAAUCGUAAUGACUAAUGAUAUAAAUAAUAUUAAUAGUAAAUUUAAUUAAUAAUAAUAAUAAUAAUAAUAAUAGUAAUAAUAAUAAUGAUUGAAUAAAUGCUAAUGAUGAUAAUAUUGUUAAUAAUAUUGCAUAUGUUAAUAACAAAUGAAUAAUAAUAAUAAUGAUGAUAAUUAUAAUCGCUUUGUGUGCGGGCGUAAUUGUGUACGAUCGAAUCGAGAACAUUAUCGCGCCACUAAGGGUCUCUCGUGGAACUGAUACGGUCUUUAUAUAACUGCCAAAUAAAAAAAAAAAAAGAAAAAAAAAAAAACCAAGAAAAAAACUCGAGACAGGGGGGUGUCCAACCUUUUCACAGUUAGAUACGUAAGCUGCAAUUCGAGUAGGAUUCGACGAUACUAUAAAUACAACAAUGUGCACAAUGUAUAAAAAAGCAAAAAAAGAGAAAAAAAAAUCAA